AUGUCACAGGACCCCAAGAACGCUCCAAACGUACCCAACGGCUGGACGGCACGUUUUGACAAUAACUACAAGCAUUGGUACUUUGUGGAUUUGAGCACCAAAAAGUCUCAAUGGGAGGCUCCAGAGGGAACAACCUGGGGCAAGAAUGAUGGCGACGACUUGCCUCCUCCUCCAUACAAACCGUCAGGAAACUCCUCUGGCGGUGCUGAAAAUAGAGCCUCGGCUCCAGCCCCAUCUGGGUCAGCUCAAAAUGGUGGCCGUGGUCCAAGUGGACCUGGGGCACCAGGAGGACCAGGUGGAUAUCAGCAGCCUGGCUACGGCGGAGGAUAUGGCGGAGGCUAUGGUGGAGGAUACCCUCAACAGCCAAUGCAAGCUGGCGGGUACCCUCCAUAUGGUCCACAGCCUGGUUAUGGAGGAUAUCCUCCCCAAGGUUACGGAUAUCAGCAGCCUCCAUAUCAGCAGAUGCCUCAGCAACAGAGAAGCGGCUUCGGCAAUUUCGGAGGCAUGGCCUUGGGUGCUGGUGCAGGUAUGCUAGGAGGAAUGAUGUUGGGCAAUGCUAUUGCUGAUGGGCAGGAGGAUGCCUACAGAGACGGUUACAUGGACGCUUCCAUGAACGACGGAGGUGGAGACUUUGGUGGAGGCGACUUUGGCGGAGACUUCUGA